CAAUUGCCACAUUCACGCAUACAGAAAAAUAGAAGCAAAUAGAGCUCUCGCUUUGAGAAACCCCAUGGCAGAAAGAGCAGAAGGAAGGCCCUCAGAUGCGCUCAUCGUGAUGGUCAUUGAUGAAGAUGAGUUCCAUGCCAACUCUGCAAAAUCCAUGCUCUCUGAAUUGAACUAUUAUGUGGCAGUCUAUACAAGUCCCAUAGAAGCGCUCGGUAUUCUUGAAAAGAAAGCACAUGAUGUUGAUUUUGUCAUAGCAGCGGUGGACAUGGAAGAGUUGAAUGGCUUUCAGUUCCUGGAAGCAGCCAAAGAUAUGCAUCGAAACCUUCAAGUGAUCAUGAUGUCAGCAGAUACAACAAUGUACACAAUGAAGAGAUCUGUUGAACUUGGUGCUCGUUUUUUGGCGAAGAAGCCUCUUGAUGCUACUACCAUUCACAAUAUGUGGCAACAUCUUGAUGUAAAAGUUCUUAGGCUGAACAGGAUGAAGUAUCUGUUUCAAGGUUGAAAUUAACAUCUUAUGACAAAGUAUUUAUGCUUAUA